UCUCGCGGACAAGUCUCGACUUCGCGCGCCCCCCCUCCGGGACCGCCCCCUCCUCCCACUCAGCGACGUCGAAGAUAAACAAUAGUUGGCCGGCGAGCGGCGGGUGUGUGUCUCCCGCCGCCGGAUUCGGCGGGCUGCGUGAGACCGGCGGGAUCCCGGCCAGCCGGCGAUGGCGGGGCUGUACUCGCUCGGAGUGAGCGUCUUCUCAGACCAGGGCGGGAGGAAGUACAUGGAGGACGUUACUCAGAUCGUGGUGGAGCCCGAGCCGACAGCUGAAGAAAAGCCGUCGCCCCGGCGAUCGCUGUCGCAGCCGUCGCCUUCACAACCGUCGCCGUCCGCCUUUCCUGGCGGCGAAGUCUCGGGGACAGGCCGAGCCCGGGAUGCCCGCGAUCCUGCGCCGGACGCCGGGGCCUCGCCGGGCGGCCGCUGCUGCCGCCGCCGCUCCUCCGUAGCUUUCUUUGCCGUGUGUGACGGACACGGCGGGCGGGAGGCGGCACAGUUCGCCCGCGAGCACUUAUGGGGUUUUAUCAAGAAGCAGAAGGGUUUCACCUCGUCCGAGCCGGCGAAGGUCUGUGCCGCUAUCCGCAAGGGCUUCCUCGCUUGUCACCUCGCCAUGUGGAAGAAACUGGAAUGGCCAAAGACAAUGACAGGUCUGCCCAGCACAUCAGGGACAACUGCCAGUGUGGUCAUCAUACGGGGCAUGAAGAUGUAUGUAGCUCAUGUAGGUGAUUCAGGGGUGGUCCUUGGAAUUCAGGAUGACCCGAAGGAUGAUUUUGUCAGAGCUGUGGAGGUGACACAGGACCAUAAGCCAGAACUUCCCAAGGAAAGAGAACGAAUUGAAGGACUUGGUGGGAGUGUGAUGAACAAGUCCGGAGUGAACCGUGUAGUUUGGAAAAGGCCUCGGCUCACUCAUAGUGGACCUGUUAGAAGGAGCACAGUUAUUGACCAGAUUCCUUUCCUGGCAGUAGCCAGAGCACUUGGUGAUCUGUGGAGCUAUGAUUUCUUCAGUGGUGAGUUUGUGGUAUCACCAGAGCCAGACACGAGUGUCCACACACUCGAUCCUCAGAAGCACAAGUAUAUUAUCUUGGGGAGUGACGGGCUUUGGAACAUGAUUCCACCUCAAGAUGCUGUUUCAAUGUGCCAGGAUCAAGAGGAAAAAAAAUACUUGACGGGUGAACAUGGCCAGUCCUGUGCCAAAAUGCUUGUGAAUAGAGCACUAGGCCGCUGGAGGCAGCGUAUGCUUCGAGCAGAUAACACCAGUGCUAUAGUAAUCUCCAUCUCGCCAGGAGUGGACAAUCAGGGAGACUUCACCAAUGAAGAUGAGCUCUUCCUGAAUCUGACCGAUAGCCCUUCCUACAAUAGUCAAGACACCUGUGUAAUCAAUCCUUCCCCAUGUUCUACACCUCCAGUCAAGUCCCUGGAAGAGGAUCCAUGGCCCAGGCUGAACUCUAAAGACCAUAUACCUACCCUCGUUCGCAGUAAUGCCUUCUCAGAGAAUCUUUUAGAGAUCCCAACUGAGAUAACUCGAGGGAGUGUCCAGGCUAUAAUCAUACCCUCAAAAGACCCAGAGCCACUUGAGGAAAAUUGCACUAAAACCCUAACUUUAAGGAUACAUGAUUCUUUGAACAAUACUCUGUCAGUUGGCCUUGUGCCUACAAAUUCAACAAAUACCAUGUUGGACCAAAAAAAUUUAAAGGUAUCCACUCCUGGUCAAAUGAAGGCCCAAGAAGUUGAAAGAACUCCUCCAGCAAACUUUAAAAGGACUUUGGAAGAAUCCAACUCUGGCCCACUUAUGAAAAAGCACAGACGCAAUGGCUUAAGUCGAAGUAGCGGUGCUCAGCCUGCAAGCCUCCCUGCCACCUCACAGCGGAAGAACUCUGUUAAACUCACCAUGCGACGCAGACUGAGGGGCCAGAAGAAGAUUGGCAACCCUUUGCUACAUCAGCACAGGAAAACUGUUUGUGUGUGCUGAAAUGUGUCCGGAAGUGGGGUUUUCCAAAUUCAGAAUAUGAGGGCUUUUUAAAUUUGGUGCCAUCCCUGGGCAUGGUGGCACAUGCUUUUAAUCCUGGCACUUGGGAGAUUGAGGCAGGGGGAUUGCGAGAGUUCAAGACCCUGUUUCAAACGUAAAAUAAAAAAUAAAUGAAUUUGGUGCAGAGUUGAACUUUUUUAAAGGGGACAAAAUAAAGAGUGUACAAUUUAACAUUUUAGAAUUUAACAGUUUUAUCCUGGCCUUGUACUUGCUUGUAUGAUGAAUGUGAAUUUUGUAGAUGUUAGGGUUUAAGUUGCUGUAAAAUGUGUGUAAAUUUGUAUCUUUCACACAGCUCAGUCUCAUACUUGAUAUACAAUAAUCGUGACAACAGGGCUACAUGGUUAAAAGAAAUGGAAGAAUAUUAGAUUUUAGAAAUACAUUUAAACUUUCUAAAAUGCUUAUUAACAUUUUUGUAUGUCACACAUGAUGAAAACACACCUUUUUAAAGUAAAUUAUUAAGCAAACUGGAAAAGUGAUGUAUUUUCAUAGUGACCGGUGUCCCACUUAAUGUUUCCUAGAGACUAAUAAUAGGGUCUUUUAAAAGUUAUUUUUUAUUUCUAAUUGCAUAAUUCAAAGCUGCAUUUUUCAUAGAAGUGUUGGACCAUGCUAAGGUAGCUGGGUGUUAGUCUCCGUGUCCCAGUUAAAAUACUAUGCAGUGUCUCUUCAGUAGCAUUUUCUAAAACAUUAGCCACUGAUGCUCACUGAAUCUUUGGCAUAGAAGGUGUGUUUGCCUAAAACAAUACCCGUCUCAGUCAUCCCAGACCAAUGGCAUUAUUAGGUUGUAAAAUAGUAACCUCCUUCCAGUGUUCGCUUAAAAUAUGUGAAGUUUUUCUUGCUAUUUCAAUAACAUGGUGCUGCUAAUUCCCAACAUUUCUUAAAUUAUUUUAUAUUGUAUGGUUUUCAUCAGUUAUGAGUAUGUUCAUCUAAUAAAUCAGUGAAUAAUU